UAAGUGGCGAAGCCCCACUUUACUUGACUCGGAGAAUGAAGAAAGUGCCAUACUAUCAAUUUUUGGGAACGAUGAUGUUAGUGGCAAGUUCGUUGGCUUUGGAGCAGAGCAGGUUAUUUUGGUUCGAGAUGAUCUAGAGAUGAAGUUUCAAACCUUGUGAGAGGGCAAGCCCUAGUUCUGACGAUAGUGGAAUGCAAGGGGUUGGAAUUUCAGGACGUCUUAUUGCACAACUUCUUUGGCACAUCACCUCUGAAAAAUCAAUGGGGGGUCAUUUAUGGAUACAUGAAGGAGCAAGCUUUGCUCGAUAACAGCUCUCAAUGGUCUUCCCCAAGUUUUGAUGACGUGAAUCACGAUAUAUUAUGCUCUGAAUUGAAGCAAUUGUAUGUCGCAAUUACUCGGACAAGACAGAGAUUGUGGAUAUGUGAGAAUGCUCUGGACUUCUCCAAACCAAUGUUCGACUACUGGAAGAAGAAGUGCCUCGUUCAAGUUAGGUUGGUAGAUCAUGCCCGUGCAGAAGCAAUGCAGGUCAGGAGCAUGCCGGAGGAGUGGAAGUCACAAGGUUUUAAGCUCUUACAUGAGGGUAACUACCGAAUGGCAACGAUGUGCUUUGUGCGAGCAAGGUACGAAUACGGGGAGAAAUUGGCUAAAGCCUCUGCUUUCAAAGCAGAUGCAGAUCUCAAGCAUGUUUUAAGUCCAAAAGAGGCUUCUGACCUUCGAAGGCAGGCUGCAGAGAUUUUUGAAGCAAUUGGUGUGGCUGACUCUGCAGCGGAGUGUUUCUACAUGUUGAAGGAAUACGAGAAAGCAGGUAGUAUAUUUAUGGAAAAAUGUGGAGAAUCUGCUUUGCAGAAAGCGGGAGAGUGUUUUUCUCUGGCUGGGCACUACAGUCGUGCAGCGGAGGCAUACGCAAGGGGAAAUUUUUUCUCCAAGUGCUUGUCCAAUUGUGCCAAAGGAGAACUCUUUGAAAUGGGUCUGCAAUAUAUUGGGAGUUGGAGAAGGCUGGGAAAUGAGGACAGGGGAACAGUAAAGAAAAGUAAAGAAAUAGAGAAAUUGGAACAAGACUUUUUAGAGAGUUGUGCCCUUCAUCACUAUGACCUUGGAGACUACAGGGCCAUGAUGAAGUAUGUGAAGGCUUUUCGUUGCAUUGAUUCAAUGCGAAACUUACUCAAGAGGCUAGGAUGCCUUGAUGAGCUUAUCAGUUUGGAGGAAGACUUUGGUAACUUUUCGGUGGCAGCAAAGAUUGUGAGGAUGAAAGGUGACAUCCUUCGCGAGGCUGAUCUACUUGGAAAGAGUGGACAAAACAAAGAAGCGUCAAUGAAUAUCCUGUGGUACGUGUUAUUCUAUUCCCUUUGGGCUCCUGGAAGCAAAGGGUGGCCCUUGAAGCAGUUUGCACAAAAGGAGGAGCUGGUAGCAAAAGCCAAACAUCUUGCAAAGUCCGAGCCUAUUGCCUUCUACGAAUAUGUUUCUGUAGAAUCAAGCAUUCUGCUAAACAAACAGAGCAGCCUGGCUGAAUUGAAAGAAUGUUUUAGUGCUUCAAGGAGAAAUGGAAGUGUCAGAGGUGAAAUACUAUGCGCUCGAAAUAUUCUGGACUUCCAUCUUCGUCAAAAUAUCUCUAAUUUUUUUGGGAAUAUGAUUGGCUUGUUGACCCAAUGGAGUAUUCUGAACCACGGAUCCUGGGAAUCAGAUUUCCAUUGA